ACAUGGAGGAAGGAGUGCACCUUUCACCAGGUAACACAGAAAUAAACGAUACCCUCCAUAGUCCGGGUAAAUCUCCGGGCAGUGGUACAGCUGAAAGCACAUGUUUUGUGUGCUGUAUGAGGUUUUCCACAGUGGACAUGUGUCACGAACAUCAGAAACAUGUACACAUGCGUUGGGUUGACCGACAACUUCCAGAUCAUUCGCACGAAGAAUUGUCAGUUCCAAAUGAUUUUACUGAGAAAAACACAAACUCUUCUAAAUCUUCACCACAAUUGACAGCCAACCCCGAAGAGAAAGUUCCUACUGACAAAGAAUCCGGUACUCCAGUAAGUUCGGAAGUGGAGGGUGAAGAUAAUCACGGAGGAGAUGAAACCUCAUUGCUUGGAGAUUCCGAAACUACUGUUAAUAAAAUAGAUGAAAAAUUAGCAGUAGAUACAGCUGAGGAUGUUGAGUGUAACUUUGAUAAAUGUGACAGUCAAGUAAUAAGUGAAAAUUCUACCGAUGUUCUUAAAACACAACAAAAUGGACUUGAAGAAACAACGUCUCUCGAGGCUACUGAAGAAAGCUUCACACAGGAUACGUUAAGAACCAAUUUAAUUGUGAUGAAUGAUGUACCAUCUGACAAACAAUUAGCUGAACUUGGUUUCCCAUCCAAAGUUGGCCAUUACUGUCAUUUGUGUGACACCGUAAUCCAAAGUUAUCCUCUCUAUUACAUGCACAUGUACAAUGUUCAUAGCCUGGAGAAAAGAUUUCAGUGUAUAAUUAGUGACUGUAAACAUACCUUCUCCAAUGCAACAGCAUUUCAGUGUCAUGCCCAGAAACACAACCAAAAAUCUGAGAGUUUCUGCAGCUUGUGUGACAUGGUUUUUGAAGAUACCAAAAGCUUGCAAGAUCAUAUUUUUAGUCCACAGCAUGGGGAAAAAUACAUAAAGACUCAGGAGAAGUACUUUCAUAGUGAACCUCGCAACUACCGCUGUAAGGUGUGUCUCACUUGGUUUGGACUCUUUGCUAUAUAUGUUAAACACAUGGAAACUGAGAGCCAUCAAUACAGGUGUAAGUAUUGUGGACUGAGCUUUGUCCAACCCGGACCUAGAAGAAAUCACAUCCAGAGUGUUCAUCCAGAGGUAGCCAAUGUUUGUGAGGUAUGACUUGUUCAGUAUUUACCUUCCAAUAUUUUGGGAUGAAUACAAUGUGUAUUUUUAAGCAAGUAAAAUUCGUUAAACAAUACAGUUUAUAUGUUUCUAUUACCUAGAUGAUUGUCAGCAUCUUCUUACGUGCUCUAGAAUUCUAUUUUUAAGUAAAUCAGAUUAAAGAGAUAACAUGAAAUACACAUUCUUAAUAUCAGCUUGUUAUAUACAUUUAUAGAUUUGCUCUUAGUUAAUUCGUGAAAUGUGGAAAUUAAUUUCUUUGUGAUAAUGCCUAAUAAUUAGAAAAUCUGUUAUCAUUCAUUAAACUUGUAAAUCUGCAUUACUUUAGACGUGCAGCACCCCACCAGUGUUACAAAACAAAUCGUUGAAUGAUAGAUCAGUACUUUAUGGGUGGUAUUAAAAACCCACUGCAUAAUACGUUAUGGACACAAUUAAAAAAAACAUUAUAGUUGAACAACUCUGAAUCAAAAGGGAAUCCUCAUUAGCUGUGACACUUGAAAUUCUUUUAGGAAGGAUUAGAAUAAAUUAAUCUAUGAAUCCUUCGGGUGGUCAAAUAC